CAUAGGUACAGGCGUGACCUCGGGUGCACGUCUAUAAUUCGUCUGUACAUCCGGCGUAUCAUAUGGGAACCUGUUAGAACUCCAAUUGCAUAUCGAAGCUGGUUUUAAACGUUUCUUUGUAAAUUCAGUACAGCAGAUCGCAAAACCUAGGACAACCAUGCUGAAAACUAUUCUACAGACAGCUAGCCAGUGCAGUAAAGGACUGCUAUCAGUUAAGAAAACCUCGGCUUCGCUUUAUAACUUGGAUCUCAUCAGGACAACGGUGAUUGUAGAGAGAAUGUACCCACCAAAGCUUGCUAAAAUUGGGAAAAAGCCUUCUUUGCAAGCACGGAACAAGGUACUGAAGUUUGUUUGUCGGGUGCAUGAUGAGAAAACAGCAGAUAUUUCCUGCAUUCUGACAGAUUUUGUUGAAGGUGUUGGUAUCCGUGGUGACCUUGUGACUGUGAAAAGAAGAUUGUUUCGUAACAAACUCUACCCUGCAGGAUUGGCUGUAUAUGCAUCUCCUGAGAAUAUUGAAAGAUUUAAAAAAGAUGAGAAUGACUUGAGGAAUCAAAAGGAAAGUCGAUUAGGAGUCUUCGCUGAAAUGACUUUGAAGCAGCUGUCAGGCAUGUACCUCCGAAUUCCUAUGUCAGGAGACAAUCCUUGGAUUCUCAACAAAACUCAUAUUCGUGUUGCACUCAGAAAAGCAAGUGUAGAAGUAAAGGAUGAGUGUAUUACACUUCCAACACAGGCAAUAACAGAACCAGGGGAGAUAACCUUCCAGGUCACGAUUAAUGGUUUGAAAUCUGUUUUGGUCAGAGGAAUGGUCCUGCUUCACCACAAAGAUCCUAAACUAAAUCAGAUUUUGGAUUUACCUCCUACUUUUCAGCCCACUGUCAGAAUUUGGAAAAAGAAAGUUGCUGAGACAGUUUCUUAAAGCUUUCAGUGUUAGACCGUGUUACAGAGCACCAAGCUGUGAAAGAAAAAAAAAAAGACAUCGUUGUGGCUGAGUUGUGAAAACAAAACACUGAAACAGUGUCACAUGGCUUUGGAAGUUUUAUAUUUACUAAUACUUGCUUUAUGUCAGCUUGCAAAAGUACUUACAUUUGCAGCAGCUAGAGAGAAAAUAAAUGCUUGACUUUACAUACCCAAAAGAUUUUUCCAUGCUUUAAAAAUCCAUGCAUUAGAAGUUUUUCUUGGCUACUACUAAAAAAUACAUUGUUAUAAUUUCUUCUAUCACAUCUUUCAACCCCAUUUUAAAAAUGAAAAAAAUGGCUGUCAGCCUGCAGGAAGAAAGUUUUCGGGUCAGUUUUAAGCACCCACAUAAUGCUGACCUUAAUAACAUCUUAAAUAUUGGAGCACCCAAGAUGUUCCUCUCUUGCUGAAUGGAUGCUAUUAUGAAAUGAGAUUUGGAGGGCGGGGGGUGGGGGAGCAAAAUACAAAUGGGCUACUUGUUUUCAGGAAUCCACUCACUGCUACUCCUACAAAGUGGAUUGGUUAAGAUUCUGUGAAGAAAGCAAAACCUGUUAUUUCAAGUCAAGUUUUAUUUGCUUUGUUUAAAUUGGCUAUAAUAUUUUCUUUUUAUUGACAAAAUUAUAGUUGCUAAUUAUUUUGGUCACUAUUCUCUUAAAAAAAAAAACAACUUCUGAAUGCUCUAUUGUACACUUGUUUACACAUUGUGUCAAAAUCUCAACAAAUCACAUCAAUUUUUCACAUCCAUCAUAUAUCUUUUGAAAGAACCUGAUAGUCAUCGCCAGGAUUGGAUGAGACAAAAUCCAAAAUUUCCAAUAAUGUGUAUAUUUUGUCAAUGUAAUGAAUAUACAACAUGAACAUCCUUACUAUCCCUUUCAACCCUUUUUAAAAGAGGAAUCACAUUGUUGAGCAUGGCAAAAACAAUACCUUCAGAAGAUUUUUUAACAGAAAAAAAAAAAA